UAAACUCCUUUGCCGGUUGCCACUUCGAACACCAUCUCUCUCUCUUUCUCUCUUUCUGUGGAUCCUUUCUUCACUCUUCUCCUGAUCGAAUUACUGUUACCCAAACCCUAACGCGCGGCCUUUGUCUGCUUCCGAUAUCGGGAGAGAAUGGUUGCGGCGAAGAACGCCGGUGGAGAGGCUGCGCCGACGGCAGCCACCGUUAAUGCGAACCUAGUCAGCGGCGCGCCACCGCCGUUCCUCAGCAAGACGUAUGAGAUGGUGGAUGACCUCUCUACUGACUCUAUCGUCUCGUGGGGAGAUGCGAACAAUAGCUUCGUCGUUUGGAAUCCGCCCGAGUUCGCGAGGAACCUCCUCCCCAAGUACUUCAAGCACGACAAUUUCUCCAGCUUUGUUAGGCAGCUCAAUACAUAUGGUUUUAGAAAGGUUGAUCCUGAUCAAUGGAAAUUUGCAAAUGAGGGGUUCUUAAGAGACCAGAAACAUCUGUUGAAGACCAUCAACAGGAGAAAAACUACACAUACACAGAACCAACCUCAGGAGUUACAAACACAAAACGCUACUGGGGCAGCAUGUGUCGAGUUAGGUAAGUUUGAAUUGGUGAAGGAGAUUGAGAGGCUUAAGAGGGAUAAAAAUGUGCUAAUGCAAGAACUGGUUAGGCUUAGACAGCAGCAGCAAUCCACUGAUCAUCAUUUGAAGACCUUAGUGCAACGUCUUCAAGGCAUGGAACAUCACCAGCAGCAGAUGAUGUCAUUCUUGGCAAAAGCUAUGCAGAAUCCUGGUUUCCUAUCCCAGUUCGUGCAACAAAAUGACUGCAGUCAGCGGAUAGCUGGGGUUAAUAAGAAACGUCGAUAUCCUAAUCUGGAUAGUACUAAUGUUGAAAACUCACCGCAUGAAGGUCAGAUUAUCAAAUACGAGCUGUUGAUAAAUAAAGCAGCUAAAGCAAUGAUGAUGCAGAUUCUAAAGUAUAGCACAACUCCCAGGCUGGAAUCUGUCAGUGAAUCUAGGAACACUUUGGUCGAUGACAUCCAUUCCUCCGUGGAAACCUUAGAUUGUGAAACUUUGAGGAACUCCAGAGUUACUCUAUCUGAGGUCCCUUCAACAUCUAGUGUUUCUUGCUCUCCUGCUCCCACAGAACAUUCAAUGAUUUUUUCAUCACCUGCUCCAUCAGAGAUUCAAUCUUCUGAGCCCAUGAUUACACCAGCUGAGAUGGCAAAAACAAAUCUGGAACCUGGAAUAUCGGAGGCCAUUGCUCUCAACCAUUCUGAUCCUUUUGCCGCACAAGUUUCCGCAAUGCAAGGUAGGAUACCAAUUGGGGAAGCUAAUGUUACUCAAAAUUUAAGUUAUUCAAUACCCUUGGCAAAGAGCAAUUACGUAAACACCAAUCAUGAAUGUGAUCUGGUUGUUGUUGAAGCUGGAAAGCUCCCUUCUGAUAUUGGUAUGGAUACCUUGAAUGAAGAUGACAAACUUCCAAGUAUAAAUGAUCCUUUCUGGGAGCAAUUCCUAGAAGCAAGUCCACUUUCUGUUGAUCUAGAGUUGGUUGAUUCGAGCAAAAAUGAAGGGAUGUAAGGCCAAAAACUUUGGAAACUUUUGGAUAGCCUCGAGAUAGAUCAAGCAUCAUAGAUUCAGCAAUUCACAUCAGAGGAAAAAAAAAAACUUAUGAUAAUUACAUGUGCAAAUUUGCUUUGUUGGGGCAUUUUUCUCACGUUAUGCUUGUGCUGUGACUAGCAUCUGAGCGCUAUGUUGGUUUUGGUGAACGGCCAAGCGCUUAUCUUGAUAGUCAUAUCUUAAAUAGUCGAGGACUCUAACUUGAUCCCGUUACACUAGUCGUGAGUUUUAUUUAGUCUAUCAGUCUUGCUUUGUGCUUCCAAAAUGUGUUUCGCAGUAGGACUUCUAAUGUGUUGAUACAAGCAUAGUAAUUGCAGAGUAUUUGAAGUA